AUGACCAUUGCCAUGUACAUCACUGUGCUUGCCAUCUUUAUCGUUGUAUGCCAAAAUUCGUGGCCAACAGUAUUCUUGCUGAUUCCACUUAUUUGGCUUAAUAUCUGGUACCAGGGUUACUAUCUUGCAUCAUCUCGUGAAUUAACUCGACUGAAUUCAAUCACAAAAGCUCCUGUUAUCCAUCACUUCUCAGAGAGCAUAUCCGGAGUUAUGACCAUCCACUCUUGCAGAAUGCAGAACAUGUUCUCCAAGAAAAUGUUAAACGGGUUAACGCGAAUUUACGUAUGGAUUUCCACAACAAUGGGUCCAAUGAGUGGUUUGGUUUCCGUAUGGAGACGCUUGGGAAGCCUUGAACGCUGCCAACUUAAAGAUGAGGUAGCUGCAAAACCUGAUAAACUCAAUUCGUUAGUGGCUGAUGAUGGCGACAACUGGAGCAUGGGGCAAACACAGCUUCUCUGUUUGGGGCGAGUUAUGUUGAAGCACAACCGGCUCUUGUUCAUGGACGAGGUCACGGCUUCAAUUGAUUCACAGACAGAUGCUGUAACACAAAGGAUCAUCCGAGAGGAUUUUGUUGCAUUGAUUGGAUUGGUUCUAAGGGCCUCUCAUGGGGAGAUUUCUUGGCAGGUUUGUGUUGCCUCUGCUGCUGCUAACAGUGGAUGUGUUGCACUUGACCCGCUGGUCUAG